AUGCCUCCUGACCAGCGUGCCUUGCGGGCAAAGACAAAAGCAGUCAAGUCCAAAAAGGAGCCGAAAGCACAGCGUGAGCGAUCACUCCGCGCCUGCACACGCUGUCGCCAACGCAAACAGAAAUGCGAUAAUGCGCUUCCAGACUGUAGCAACUGCCUCAAGGGCGGGGUCCGCUGCGAAGCUUUUCCCGUCAAUGUCGUCUCCAGAGACAAUCUGUUGCAAAUCUACGACCAACUACUGGACAGUCAGCGACGCAACGCUACUUUGCAGAAGGAGCUUGAGAUGGCUCGGCUCGUUACUCCCGAUGCUCUGGCUUUGUUCAGUGCUGCCAUUGCUCAGCAGGUGAGGGCGCUAGCGUACGAAUGGUUUAUGCGUCAUGAUGGUCAAGCUGACCGAAGAUCUCAAUUGCAGAUCACAAACGGAGUAUACCACGGCAGCAGCGAUCGACAACAGGGUUCAACAAGGUUCGUCAAAGAUCACGGCCACAUGCCUUUGUCGGACCUCAAAGCACACUCGCAGUCAGGUACAGCUCCAGCGCUUAUCAACGUCGGUUCGAAAUCCGAUGCCUUGAACACAUCGAAGGCACAAUCGGACGCGACGUUUCGAGUCUCCAGCGGACUGCCGGACAUCUGGAAGGUGAUCGAUCUACUCGAGAUGUGCUUUCCUGCCGUUUCAGCUGCGAUCAGUGUUGCAGCCGAGGACUUCGAGCAGAAGCCCGCCGAUGACAGCGCGGGAAACCUUGCGGACAUUGCUUUGAUUCCACUUCGAGAGCUGCCCGAGUUGCUUAUUACAACAGCAACAUCCACUUGUCAAGCUCGCUGCCGUGAUCGCUUCAUGGUUACGGAGCUGUCUGCGGAAGGGUGGAUCAACGGACUGCGUGCGGCUAGCAGUAUGACCCGAGUUGCAGCCGCUUUGCUGUGGGCUGUGCUUGCCAUCGUGCAGCACCGAGGCGAGGAGCUGCUCCGAAUGGAUACUGUGCUGACCUACUUCAUGCAAGCAUGGCAGGCGAGCUGCACGAGCACUUCGGUCAUGGCUAGCGUAUACCACGAGAUUCCGGUUAGUCUACGUACCAGCAUCAGGAUCGGCCAUAUGUGUUUCUGUCGAGCGUAUGACUGGGUCCAUCUACGUAGGUGA